CAGGCUGCCAUUCUGGGCUGGAAAAACGUGGUGAAAACGCAACGCCAUGCGCAUCUCUUUAAGGACGUCUUCAACAACACCUUGGAUGAGCUGUCAGACCAUGCUGUGCUGAAGGCCGUGUUCUCGGCCUGGCGUCACUUGACGCUGCAGCUCUGGUCCAUCGCGGCGGAGCGAAGGCUCCAGAGGUUUGAGGAAGCCUUGCGGAGAAUCUCUGCGCGGCUAUUGGCAGGAGAUGGUCGCGCCUUGCUCCAUCUCCUCUUCUCUCAGUGGCGACACUGGACCGUGAGAUCCAAGCCCUCAGAAGCCCAGGACAAGCUGGACCCCAAGAAAGGGCAGGAAAAAGAUUGCUGCAAGAAAUGCUCUUGUGCCCUCAUGUGAGGUCCGUGAAAAAGUGCGGCGAA